UUUCAAAGUACAGGACCGACGCGCUCAGGUUAGCUCCAUCUUUGCAAACUUCCUGAUUUAGCAGCUCUUACUUCUUCUGCCUGGGUAGUUUUGAAUCACAAUUUUCAGGAAAGAGAGAUCCUGAACAGGACUAAAAGCACCAAAAUAAGCAGGACUCCAGUCCUCCUACCUGAAAGAGGACGUAGCCAAAUCCUUUCCCCAUUCCAGAGUUCUUGUCCCGCACCAGCCUCACACCCUCCACUGUACCACACUCCUCGAAGUGCUGCCGAAACGCCAGUUCAUUUAUUUCUGAACACACAGAGCAGGUUCAUGUCAGCACAAAGUAGCGAAUAUUUAGACUUCAUCAUCAUCAACAUGGCAUAUGAGAACAACUCACCAAACGACAGGUUCCCCACAAAAACCGAGCGUUUGUGAUUGUGCUGGAGGACGAACAGAAAGGUCAGUAUUGUCUGUGUAGGCGGGUCUUAAACUGGUAAGGUUAAAGGGUAAAAGCUCACCGAGGAGUUGUCGGUCACUCUGUCCACUCGGAUGUGAUAGUCCUUCUCGAUCUCUGUGCCAUUCCUGCCAAACAGACCAACAGAGGACAAGCUUGUUAUACAUUCAGACUUCUUUUCUGUGUCUCAUCGCUGAGCGAGUGUCUGACCUCUCUAGUGCCCUGGUCACCCCCUCCUCGUCUUUGAACACGAUGUAGGCAUUCAUGCUCUGCUUCUUGGGAUGAGAUUUGCGUCUGUGGAGGAAAGAGAAUUCUUGUUCAGAACAGAGAAGAUCUGAUUUCCACACGUCUGUAAACUCCAGAAAAGAAACACUCACUGGAUGACGGCCACUUUACGGGACAUUGAGGGAUCUUCUCUGACCUUCAGGAAAAAAAAAAAAAAACGUCAUGUGACUGAUUUAAAGCUCCUGUCAGGAGUUUUUAGGUUGUUUGGAAACAUAAUUAGAUGGAUACAUAAGCAUUUUUAUGACCUCCAAAAGCAAACUGAGAAAAUUCUGAAACUGUCUGCAGUUUAAAGAGUGAGUCCAUCUUUCAGAAAACUUUACCAAAGAGCGGAAACGGAUGGACUCGAUGGAUCCCUUUUCCUUGAAGAAGGUCUGGAGGGUCUGAAAGAUAAAAACCCAGAGAUGAAGAUUUUUUUCCCCUUUUAAUAAGAAAUUAACAACAAAAAAAGAAGGAAAGGGAACUUAAAAAUCUUAAGUGAAGGCAGAGAGAAAACAUUGUAAACCUCUGCUUUGCGGGGCGCAUAAACCAGACACAGAGAGUUCAUUAGGAGGUUUAAAUCUGAUCCAAGCCUCUUUAUUAUUUCAGGGUUUCUCUGUUUUUUCUCAAUAUGUAAGAUAAUUUUACAGGAAUUAUCAACAAAAACGAGAAAAAGUUCUCACAGAAACAAAAAUGUUCUUUUUUUAAAAACUAUCAGAUAAGUUUUAAUAGUAAUAAAAUUGUACAGGUACUUCUGGAUAAAGAUAUUUUCUCAGAAUUCAGAGAAAAGGUGCUGGAAAAUUAAAACCCUGAUGUUUUCCUUAACUCAAAGUCAAAACUUGACCUGAAAACCUUCAAUCAUACAAAUGAAGAGGAAGAACAUCACUCUUUUUUUCUGAGCAGAUCGCAAAUGAAGAAGCUGAUUCUUUACUUCUUGUUCAUCAUUUUCCUGUUUGACGUUAUUGUUGUUUGACAAUCACCUUCUUAGUGCAGCCAAUGGGCAGGUUUCCCACAAACACCGUCCUCUUACUCCUGACCUUCUCCUCCUCCUUAAAUGCCCUCUUCUUCUGCCUUUUCAUCACCCACUGCUCCACAUCGUUCUCCUCAGGAGCUUUCCUUUUCUUCUUUUUCUCCUUAUUUGCCUUCUCCUGACCUUGUUCAUCCUCGUCUGCCUUCUGUAAACCGCUCUCCCUGAAAAAAGAUGGAUAAGAGAGGAGAUAGGUGAGAGGAGGGGAAUCUCUCAGAGAAGGAAGGGAGAGAUUCAGAAAAAGAAGCAGCAGCUCUUUGGAUGCCUCACCUGUCCUCCAGCUUCUCCUCAGCUUCUGAUUUCAACUUGAGCGAUUUCUUCUUCUUCUCCUUUUCACCUUGCUGACCUUUGACUUCCAGAGUUUCUGUCUGCUGCUCAUUUUCUUUUGCACUCUUCUGUACAGGCUGCCAGAAUGACAACAGAGACUGACUAAUGUAUCAAACACGGACAAUCUGGUACUGAAAACAGUCCAAAAGUGUCAAUUCUGUCUUGAAAAAAUUGAAGUUUGGAUGUUUUGGACUUACCUUAGGCACAGGCUGAAAUAGCAGCGGUGCAGCCGGUGCAGCUGUGCUGAAUAAAGAUGACAGCGAUGAUCCAGAGGCUCCUGAGAACAAACUUCCUGACACCUGACCCACCACAUAGUCAGAUGACUGCUGCUCAGGUGUUGGCUCUCCGCUGAGGACAGAAACACUGCAGUUACAGCACUGACUGAACCUGGGAAGGAAACAUCCUUCCUUUAUGAGCUUCUUCACACUUGUGUUGUGUCGUUCAUGAACGAUUCGUUCAAAAGAACCGAAUCCUUUAAGUGAAUGAACUGACCCUUUGUUUCUCACUAUAGCUGAAGUGAGAAACAGCAUUGCCAGGCCAGCAGCUGACGAACAAAGAACCACAUGCACCAACGCCUGAAUCACUUGGUGAACGAAUCAGACAUUGAACUACACUCUUUGGAAUCAAUUUUUGUCAAAUAAAACUUUGCAUACAACAGGACAGGACACAGCAUGUAUCAAGUAGUGCAUUAAACCCACAGCAUCCUAUCAUUGCAGCAGUUUGCGAGGGAACAGUGCAUGUUCAGUUUGAAUUCUUCUAAAUGUUCAGUGAACGAAUCACACACUGAGCCCAAUUUACUGAGCAGACCUGAUAAAUAGCAUACCAUUGGACAGUACACUUAAUACAUCAUGACUUUUGCCAAAGCAAUAUAGCCAAACACUCUCGUCUCCUGGUCCCAGAAACUAUGAGUUGAACUGAAUCCUGAACCGUUCAGGUGUGUAUCAGUCCACCAGGUUGUGGUCGCAGGCCUCUCCCGCCAAGCUUUAAGUGAUUCGGUGAUUUGGUGAACGAAUCUUUUGAACAAAUCUUUUUAGUGAACUGAUCCUAGUGAUUCAGUAUAUCUAAAAGAACUGCCGUGCCCAUCACUACUUCACACUGUCCCCCCCCACCUCCCUAAAAAUUACGACCAGAAGAUUAGACUGACCUUCAAAGCUCUUCAUGGUUAAUAGUUAUAUUAUAUCUGACAUUAUAAUAUUAUACACUGAGCUCUGGAUGAAUGAUCCUGGGUAGCCGAUAUUUACAGACUCUUAUUUAAAAAUGAUGCAUAUUUUUGACCGUGUUUUUCUCACUCUUCACUUUGUUUUCUCUAUAUUUCUGUCUCUCAAGCUAUUAUCAUGGUUGAGGGUCUUUGUCCUGGAUUUUGUCUGCAGGGCUACAGCUUUAACCAGCCUGUUUAAAAGUAACCCCAGAGUGGCCGCAGGUUAUCUUUACAUUAACUACUGGAGGAUAAAGCUGUAAACAAACCUCUGUUUCAGUUUCUUCUUCAUUGUUUCUUUUAGAUGGUUCGGUCGUUAAAUGGAAACGGUCAGUUCUGUUUACCUUAUCAACAAAUAAACUAUAAAAUGAACUCGAGGAUUUGCAUUAUUCUACAAAACUUCACCGAAUCUCAUGAUCGCAGCAGUACGUCCACACGUUUUCCUCAACGGAACACACGUCCAGCGGCAAGCUGUUUCCCGCAGAAACACGGUCUCACCGGCAGAAAGGUUCCCCUUCGUUUUUCGUGAAUUAUGUUGAUUCACUUUGAGGAAAAAAGGGGUUUUUCUGGCUGGAUAUCGUAUGAAAUUAUCGGAAAAUAAAAAUACAUUAACAUUUCCCCUUUUAAUUGUUGAAUACCUGUUUUACUGCGGAAAUGAAGAUUCAGUGCAACCUGGAAAUGUGUCCGUCCUGGUUAAGUGGGGCAGGGAGAUGUUUUGGUCAAGGAGGUUUCUGGAGUAUAGAGCUGAAGUCGUUCAAAAGCUGAUAUAACAAGUAAUUACACAUUCAUUUAUUCAUUUUAUGUUAGUAUGUGUUUCUUUUUACAUCUCUGUGAUAACUCCAUGUAAAAGUGGGACAGUGGUUGUUCGUUAGAGGAAAUGUUGAAAGGUUUUCAUGUGGGACUUAAAUGUGGUUUGUCUCAUGACAGCAGGCUGAGAUGGGAACGGAUCCCACGGAGCCAGAGGUGCCGGGGGACGCGGUUGGCAGGCGGGUGUCCUGUGACGGGGAGCGGGCUACAGUGCGGUAUGUCGGCCCGGUUCCACCGACAGCAGGUAAAGUCCUCAUGUCAGCAUCUGUUCUUCUAGCCUGGCUGGGCCAUCCUGUUGCGUGAAUCACUUGCCGUGGGAAGGAACGGCAAGUGAUUCAAGCAGCAUGAUGGCCCAGCCAGGCUACUGUUCUUGUGCUACUGUCUUUUUGCUAAUAAACACAAAAAACUGCGUUAUUCCCACAUUUGGCUUCAGGGGCGUGUCUUACCAAUGUUUGGGUCGCUGAGCAGGGGUAGCGAACCAUGCAGGGGUGGCCUAAUACUAAAGAUUAUACUGAAUAUACUUCCUCCCUCUGUCUCUGCUCUUGAUACAUCUGUUGUAAUUACUAGCUCAUAAGUAGUAAGGUAAUUUCUCAGUUUUUUUAAAGGAGACAUUUUAUACUCAUUUUCACCUGUCAGUCUGGAACACCUACAGAUAAAUUCCCUACUUAUCUCACACUAGUGUCUGUAAUGACCCUAAGUGUAACACUCUUAAGUCUUUGUCUGAAUCAUUAGAUUUUGGCUGCCUAUCCACUAAAAGAAAAUUAGAUGUAACAUGUAGAGUGUUACUUUUUACACAGCUGUGUGGUCAUGAAACAACUGGACAAUUGUGUCUUCACAGAAAAUGUCUAAGGCUAGCUCUCACAGCCCAUUUAGUGCAUGAUCUAGACUUAGUAUAGUGCAUAUAGCUGCCUCUAUAAUGUCCUGGCCAACAGACAAGUCUAGGGAAGUGACAAGUGGAAAAAAAGACUGGUGAAACAGACUUUGCAUGAUUUUAUAGCUUCUAGUAACACAGCUUGUGGAUGUCACUUUUUACACAGCUUUGUAGUCAUGAAACCGCCCCAAACCGUCGGGCCCUUUACUGCACUGGUAUCCUGGGUUGUCAGCCUCAUUUUUUAACAACUACAACUGAGACUGUAAACACUGACAGCGACUUCAAUUGUGUUUGGUGUAUUUUAAUCAUGUGUUCAGGGCUUUGGCUUGGCGUGGAGUGGGAUAACCCAGAGAGGGGCAAACAUGACGGCAGCCAUAACGGAGUCCAGUAUUUCACAUGCAGGUGACUCACAGUUUAUAAAUUACCCAUUUUGAUAAUUUGGGGUUUGUUUAUUUGAUAAAUUUCCAUUAAUAUUUAAAUUUAAGAUUUUUUUUUAUAAGAUAGUAUCCUAAGAUCAAGAGAAGAAUAAAUUUGAGCAUAUUAUGGAAAGAUAACAGUCUGCAGGUCCUUUUGUUGUUAUAUAGAUAUUAAAUAAAAAUUGUUGUUUUCUGGUAUUUCUGUACACUUUUAAAGGAUUCGCUUUGAAAAUAUGCAAAAUUGCAGUAAAAUAUUUAUUUUGCUCCUCUGUGGUCAGACAUGCUAAAGGAGGAUCCCUUGUGCGUCCGGCAAAGGUGAGCUUUGGUGUGGACUACGUGGCAGCGGUGAAGCGGCAGUACUGCGGGGACUGCGACACAGAGAAAGAGUAUAUCGAUGGGGAGGGGCUAAGCAAGAAGCUCAGGUAGGAUGGUGUCAUCAGAAUGAUCCAUAUAGGAGGAGAAGUCAGGUGUGUCUGUUCUGUUUUUUGUUUUGUUUACCUUUAUUCAGAGAGAAAUCAACAGCAGAAAGAGCAGAAAACUGAGAAUUGAUCCAGGGCUGCCUGCUGGAGGAUCAUAGCCUCUGUGCAUUAGACACAGGACUCUACACUUUACCAAAUGAACCUAAUGCUGCUUUUUUACACAUCUAAAUUCUGCAGGAUGCACACAGCCCUGGUUGAUACAAAUACAGGGUCAAACUAUAGAUCAGCUUUAAUUUCACGGCGAACUGUUUGAGGAUUAUUACAGGAAGACGUUUUUUAUCAGCUGUUUAAAUCAUCCUCUCUAAGCUGAAGUGAGUCUUUAGAAUAUUUUUUUAGAAGACAUUAAACUCUGGGUUUUAGUAUUUUCAAAUCUGGGUCUUUUGUCUAAAAUAUUUCGGAACUGAAAUGCAGAAGGACAGAAGGUUCUGCCACAGAUAUCUUCCUUUUCUUUCGGUCCAGUUGGCCUCUCCUCUGGCUUGUUUGUUUGUAUUGUUGUAUAUGUUUAAUGUUUUUCAUGUUUUUUAAUGUUUUUUUUUUUUUUUUUGUCAACACAAUAUCGUGUCAAGGGCAUUGAACUCUAGUAUCCUGUAUUGUCUCUCUGCAGUUUGGACAUGCUUUUUUCAGUGUUGCUGUGUGACAGUGGAGUAAACGGGCCCGGGCCAGAGGGAGAAAUCCGGAAAAUGACGCCACGUAUCCUUCAAUGGAUCCAUCAAGGCUGUAAAAACCGACCCCUCCUUUAUGGAGCUGAGGAUUGUAGUUUUUUAUCAGUGACUGUUAGUGGUUUUUGAAAACUGUAAGAGACUGUGCUUGUUGGGAAAAGUUAGGCGUUGUAGGCAAGGAAAGCGAAAUGGAGAUGAAUUGCAGUGAGAUGAAGGGUCUUGUUUUGUCCUCUUAUAUGUUGGUGAUUGGAGAUCGUGGUCAAAGGUUGGCGACUGUUGAACUGUUGAUGUUUCUGGUUCUUGUUGGGGGUUGAAGUUUAAAGAUGUAGUUUUUAGUUUCAGGAGAAAAUAAGUAACAGUUUGUGACAGCAGUUAAAUGUUGGCGUGUUGUUAAACUUGACGCCAAAGGUCAGAGGUGAAAUGGUUGGACCUGUCUAAGACUCUGGUGUCCUGCUGGGAGGACGUCUCAUCCAUCACCAAACAGCUGGAUCACCUCGAGGGACUACAGCUCAGGUACAUGGUCCUCUGAUCACCUUUGAGUGUGUGUGUGUGUGUGUGUGUGUGUGUGUGUGUGUGUGUGUGUGUGUGUGUGUGUGUGUAUGUGUGACCUUCUUUAGUCUGUUGAAUCUCCCCCUUGUCGUUCAACAGCUCAAACAGACUUCAGCUGCUUUCCGAGCCCUCAUCUCACCAUGAAGCCUUCAGCAAACUGAAAACCCUCGUCCUCAACAGCUGUGACCUCACCUGGCCUCAGGUACGCCAACAUAACCCUCAGAGAAAUACACAGAUCUCAUGUAUUUUUGUUUCUCGAUUAAAAAAAAAGGAAAAAACUCUUCCUUUACAAUUUCUUGAAACGAAAAGUGUCACCUCGUGUUGAAGAGUUUUGUUUUGUUUUCUUUUAAGUGUAAAUUUUCUUGUAAAUUAUUUGUUACGUUUUACUGAUAAUUGUCCGAUUUUCUCUCAACUUUAAUCCCUUCAGAUCCUGUACUGCGCCCCCAUGUGGCCACAGCUGGAAACCCUGAGUGUGGAAGAAAACAACAUCACAGAGCUGCAGAGGUGAAGCUGCUGACUGAUGUUUGACAGAGUUUUGAUGUACAUGUUUGAUUGACUUUUGUAUGUGUCUUUGUGUGUUUGUUUGUUUGUUUAAAGGCCGGAUGGAGUCCUGCAGACACUCAAGAGUCUCAGUCUUUCUGGAAACGUUCUCGAUAAGGACAGUGUGUUGAGUGUAGCUGCUCUAUCCAGGUAAAACACGCUGAUACACACCUGCGCAGGUGAUUCAUGCCUUUAGGGUCAAGGUUUACCUUUGUAAGUUCUGAUACUGAUACCCAAUCAGUACCAAACCAAUCCAAUUCGAGCCUUGAAUGAAGAGCCUUUGUUCUGAGACUAAAAAUGAGGUUUUUGUGAAAUCAGGAUUUUUUUUUUUAAUCUUUGUAAACCAGAUGAUACAAAUGAAGAAAUGAUACAAAUGAAAAUAUUUUCAUGAACUUUUUAUUAUUUAUUGAUUACACAAACAUUUUAGUCCAAUAAUUUUCUUUCUUUAAUUCAGUCAGUCAGUCAAAACCUGGAUAAUUUAGUCCGGACUCUCCCAAAAUGCAAUGCCGCUGAAAAUAUCGAGAAAAUAAAACUUAAAUCUUUGUGUUUCCAGACAAGUCAGCCACACUCACCCGACAAAUCCAGAAAAUAUGUCUCUUGAAGAUGAUACUCUUAAGACUUAUUUUCACUUUUCACAGUUAAAUCUCCUGAAAUAAACUCAGAUUUAUUGUUCGGUUGCAGGCUAGAGGAGCUGAACUUGUCAAAGACUGCACUGUCAGACCUUCAGUUUCCCGACUCCUCUCCUGGUAAAAAUAUCAAACACUUUAACAGCCGUUUUAACUGAUCACACUGUUUAACAUGUGAACACCAAAGUUAGAGUGUUUUUCUUCCACAGGAUCUCUGACAGCCAUGUUCCCUGCUCUGAAGACUCUGUACCUGGACCACAACAACAUCACAGAGGUCAGUGUGGAUUUCUGCUCAAAAUCUGCUUUAAAACUGGCUGAGAAAUCAGAAGCAAAUCUGUGAAGAGAGAAGACAGGGUGGUUGGGGAGAGGGUGAACCCUUGCUGGGUUAGAUUGGAUUGUUCCUCCUCAUCCAGACCCACUGCACAGUGUUCUCCGGCUUGUUUCAGAAAAUAAAGGCGGUAUAAAUUCUGUCUCUCCGUGUCUCUCAGUGGCGGGUCGUGGACGAGUUGGCGAAGUUGCCCAGCCUGGUUAAGCUGUCUUGUCUCAGAAACGGUCUGGUGAGCAAAGAUGGGAACCCUCGAACAGUAACCCAACUGCUUAUCGCCAGAUUGGGACGGCUGGUCUUCCUCAAUCGUUGUCAGGUGAGCUGGACCUCUGUAUGCAGGUGUGUGUGUGUGUGUUUGUGUGUGCCCAUGCCCAUGCAGACCUGUUGCCAUGGUUUCUCUUAGAUCCACCCUGAUGAGAGGAAGGGGGCUGAGCUUGACUAUCUAAAGAUGUUUGGGGAGGAGUUUCUAAAGGCCGGAGGGGAAAAUCAGGUGGACAGCCAGUUCACGUGUCAGCACCCUCGAUACAUGAGCCUCGUGAAAAGUGAGUCACUUAAAGAGAGUCCUGUCAUUUUUUUGUCAUUAGUACCAAAACGCUUCAUUUUGGCUUCUUUCACACUGAUACAAAGUUACUUUACUUUAUUCAGGUUUAAAGCCAUGAAAAGACUUUAAAGUUAUCCCCUUAAUAAAGCCACGCUGUCCUAUUCUUUCAGAGUACGGAGCUCCAGAGGAAGGUGAGCUGAAGAAGCCGGAGUCAUUUGCUUUAAAGAAUCAGCUGUUGAGUAAGUCCCCCCCUUUCGUGCUUUCUGUCCUCUGAUCGACUCAUAAAUAAGGCUGUGAUAAACAUACUGUAAGACUAGGGACAGAGAUCAACUUUCUGGCUUUGGUGCAUACAGCUCAAAUUAACAAACUCCAGACUUAAGGUGCAGUAUGGUUAUGAGCAGCAGGUCAGAGUAGAGUCAGCAGCAGAGUUACAAAUCAAGCCUGUGUAUAUUUACCACUGUCCUGUCAGUGCUGAUGUCAGAAAAGUAGUCUUUUACAGUCUGAGCUUCAUAAUGUGCCCUCUGAGGGAUCUUCUAAAAACACCUGUGGAGUAGAGACAAAUAUAUUUACACUAACGCUCAUGAUGCAGCCAGACAAGUAUGUGAAAGUGAAAUAUCAUGUCAUGUAAGUGCUGAUUUUCCACAUCUCUGAUUAACAGAGGUCAGGUUUGUGUUUCCUGAUGACCCUGAACGGAAGCCCAUCGAGAAGAAACUUCCAAGUGAGAAACUCAACUGUUGGUUUAUAACUUGUGACAAAACUAAAAAAAGUUUUCAACUCUUCACUCUGUCAGUCUGGGACAUCUAGAGAGAACUUUUGCAGAAUUUUCAGCUCAAAAAACUCCCGAUUUGGCGCCUGUGAAAACUCUACUUUCAGCCUCUGCCUGAAAUGCUGGUUGUUUUUUUUACUGGUAGAAGGUUCGACACCAUUUGGGGUGUUACUUUUUACACUGCGUUGAAUUCAUCCAAUGGUGUUUUUACAGAAAAUAAAUUAAGGCUAGCUCGCCACUAGUUCCCAGUCAUUUGUUAGCUCUUGUUCUUUUAGCUGCUGUUACAGUGUUAACCUGUGGCUCGGAGCUGUCAUAAACAUUAUAUAUCUUUAAUAAAAUACAGAUCAGAUUAUUGUCUGUCCGUUGAAAUUUCCUGAUUGGAGGAUGGAGGGAAAAAUUGAACAAAGCAAGGAUUUUUGACUGUAUUAAAGAGUGUGUGUUUUUUUCACCUGCAGCUUCCAUGGUGGUUCAGAAGGUAAAAGGGCUUCUGUACAGACUGCUAAAGAUCCCUGCAGUGGAUCUGAAGCUCACCUACACCAGUCCAAAGGUAACACCAGUCCUGCUCUGUGUGAAAGCUCCUGUUUAAAUAAAGUUGAGUUGAUAUGGAAAAGUCAUGAAUACUGUUAAAGUGAAGCUCCUUUUUUUCUCAGAUGGAGGGGACAGAGUUUGAGCUCGACAGCGAACUGAAGUCUCUGCACUUUUACUCCAUCGAGGAUGGAGACCAGGUAUUGGUUCGCUGGUAAUGAAGUCUCUGCAUUAAUGGUGCAAAAGAACCAACUCGGUCCACAGCAGAGCCAGAACAGAGAUUGAAUGUGGUCUAAUUUGAGCCACACUGAGAGCCAGAAACAGACUGGACAUUUUAGGACUGGAUCUGAGUUUGAGAUAAUAAGACGAGGACUUUGAAAAGACUCCGACCAGAUCUGUCCGCUUCAGUUACCAUCAGGACAACUUUUAAAAAAAUCAGCAAAGAUGGAAAAUGCAGGAGCACCAAUAAAGUUUAGAAAUACACACUCUGUGAAUGUCUUUCUUUACAUUAAUUUGAAUUUAUCCAGUAACAUUUACGAGGGCGAUUGUCAUGAUAAACUGAGUGAGCUCCACUGAAUUAAGAAGUGUUUAAUCGAGUGUAUUAAAGGGCGAUAGUUUGAUCAAUUCUUACGGUUUAUUCCGUAUGUGAGGUAAAGAUAAACAGAGCAGUAGAAGUGAUGAUGGUGUUUGGUAAAACAUUUAACAGUCCAAGUUUGAAUUUUAGUUUCGUGCAGGUUUCAGAUUUAAAUGAAGGAAUAAACUACAUGUGUAUGAAGUGUUCAAACACAUUAACCACUAGAGGGCAGCAAAGUCCAAAUAUAUCAGGACUACAGACAGAACAAAUUUACUGAGCAGUCAGGCUUUAAAUAAGAACUUUAUUGAUCCCCGAAGGGAAAUUCAAUUGUCUGUAGUCUCAUUUGUCAUGUCUCAAAAAGUCAUCUACUAUUUAUGGAAGAAUUAUAAAGUCUGAUGGCUGUUAGUACAAAAGAUCUUCUGAAUCUUUCUGUCGUGCAGCGAAGAGAGAGGAGCCGUCCUCCACCAUUGGCCCUUUGGUCCAUUAAGGUGUUAUUAAGUUCAUGAUCCAUGUUCUUUAGAAUAAUCUCCACCUUCCUCAGUGUAGAUCUCUCCACCACAUCCUCCACUGAGUCUAACUUGAGUCCAACCACAGAGCCAGCCUUUUUCACCAGUUUGUUCAGACGUCUUACAUCUUUGUGUUUGAUGCUUCCUCUCCAGCACAAUGCAGCGUAUAGAACAGAACACUGUAGACACCACAGACUGAUAAAACAUCUGCAGCAUCUUUCUACAGAUGUCCAUUGAUUAUAGUCUUCUCAAGCAAAAGAGGGGGCUCUACCCCUUUUUGUAGAUGAAGUUUACAUUCUGAGACCUAGAUAUUUAUACAAUUUAUACACUUCAGUUUCAGCCUAAAGGUUCAAGUGAACUGUCCAGGGGUCAGAGACCUAUCUGACCCUCUCCCAAACAAAUGAUCUAAAACUGCGAAACAUAAAGUAUUUAACACUUUGAAUGAAGGUAAAGUCAUCUUAAAGUCUCAGUCCAUAGACAUUAUGGACCUAAACAGAAAAAACUGUUAUUGAAAGAAAGUGCUAAAGUACUAAUGCAGUUGUGAAAAAUUUGAAGAAAUAUUUAAAAUGUUUUAAAUUACAAUCGUAUAAGCUUGACUUGAGCUGCCACUGUUAAAUGCUCAAAACAAUAUGGUGAAAAUCUCUGCGUAGCAUCAUUGGAUACCAUGUACAGUAUUUAUUUCUAAUAGGUCUUUACUUCUUAGAUGUUUUAUUUUGUCAUUUUUUUUGCAACGUGAAAUUUACAGCUAUAACUAUCCCAUGAUAUCUGUGUAGGUUCUCAUUUAUCUAGGUCAUCCAAGGCUGAUUCCAAAGGGGAAACUGGACUUGAUUGAAGUUCUUAAAGUUUCCCCUCGUCUCUGAUCGGCUUCAUAUUUUAUGAGCUUAAGAUUUCAUAAUGCAGGUAUUAUAAAAAGAAAAGACAGAACAGAUUCUGUACAUUAAAAAAGGUUUUAUUGAGGCUGUACAGGUAAUGUUCCCUCUUUGGAUGAUGUUCAGUACAGGCAUACAGUACUUCAUGUUCACAGACCUUAAAGUGAUGAGAUCAGUUUGCAGAUGCUGCACAACACAAAAGUGUAUUCCAUUAACAUGAGACAUUGCAAUGUCGGUGAUUGCAACCCUCUCUGAAAGAUGUAUUUAAAACAUGUUAAAAUUUAAAAAAAAAUGUGAUCAAACACUGUCAUAGAGGGUGACAUGUUGCUGUUGUGAAGCCCUGCUGGACUGAUCCCUGUCCUCCCUGAUGUGGUUUCAGUCUCUGAAAAACCUGAGCUGAUUCUGCAGACAUUAUACUGACCUACCUGUUAUCCACUUGACCAAUUCACCUACAAGCCUGAGGAUGCACUUUCCAUGAAAUCUAUUUUCUUACAAAUGAAGCCAUUUGAAAAUAUUUGAAGGUUUUCUCUCACAUGCCCUUUGGCACCACCUGUGGUAGUAUGUAGAAACUGAAGGCACCUUCCAGAUUUUCACUUACAGUCAGCCAUUGAUUCUUUUGUGUUUCUUUUACUUUCACUUCACUUUCAGUUUAUACUGUCAACUUCAUCCACUUUGCAUCACUAAGCUAGCCUUGGUACUUUUUUUUUGUCAUGCAGUUCCAACACCCAGUACUUACUACCCACAGACAUCCAUAUCUGAGGACUAGAAAGUGGGUCAAACUGUUUUUAUAAAACAGUUCUUUGCUGUCCCUUUAUUUUGGCCGAGAAAGGACAAAAUUACAAAUUAUUGACCAAGUUAUUGUAUUAAAUAAUUUUAAGCCGAUCAUCACCAGAAAAGUUUUCAUUGUAAGAAUAAAAUUUACAUGGAAAGGUGCCUCAACCCACCAAACAUGAGCCUAGAACCGCUCGUCUUCACAGCUAUCACCAUCUUCAUUAUCAGGUAGAUCUGAGGCUAACAUCAGCAAAAUUACAAUAUCAGAAUGUUGUCUGCAUAGAAGGUAAUUAUAUACAAGUAUAUAUAAAAAAAAUACACUGAAAGUUUUAGCACAAACUGAAUAAAUCUUAUUUUUAGCCCUUUUUAAACUCUUAAAUCAGACCAGGGACCAGGAUCAGUCGCUGGUUUAGUGGUUCUAUUAGUGGUACAACUGCAAAAAUAAUGAGUACAUAGAUGGUGAAAAACUAAAUGUAAAUGUUACCAAACAACAUCACUAGAACAAAAAUAAUUUCAGAUGAAAACUUCAUAGAUAACAUAUCCCUUGAAAAGUUCAAUAUAAUCUGAUUAUAUGUUUCUUAGCCUCAUCAAUCUUUGGUCUGGGUAUAAAUCACCUUAUCAUUCAUGGGCAGUGGUUUAAAAAAGACAUUCCUCAUCAGAAUAACCAUGCAGUCAUUUAAAGAGCUGUCAACAUCCAGGGUUAUCAUUAUGAACGUGGGUACGUACAAACGUUUGAAGCCAGCUUUAAGAUGAUCAGUAAGAAAAUUUGCAUGAGAAAAGACUCAAAAUUCUAAAUCUUUAAGGAUUAGAAUUACUGGUGUAUCCCAAAAAAUGGCCUGUCUUAAAGGAAUAUUUCAGUGACACUUAGCCACAACAGUAACCUUGAUUAACUCAAAAACAGUGUUAUCAUUGUGGAUGUUUACGAAAUGAUCGUAGUCGUGAAGGUUUUGGCUGCCAGCAGUAAUGCCAAUGAUUGUUGCUAAUCUUCAGGCCUCGGCCCAGGUUUGACACUUAAGAAAGGGUCCUUUGGUCAGAUCUGUGAAUUAUUAGUUUAGAAAUACCUGAAUAAUCUUUGAAGGCACAAAAGGCUUCCCCAGGCCCUCUGGGACCUUUCUCACAUGUAUUAGGUGUUUUAAAGGACUACUGGAGUUCUGAUUGUUCUCGCGGUUAUCUUUCAGAACAGAUCUAUAAGAAACAAAUACAGUUUCACUCAAAGAAUACAACAUAAAGCUCACUGUUUGGUAUCUUUUCAGAAAAUCUGCUGUCAUUAAUAUAAAUCUCUGUAUGAGCAUCAUUUGUCUUUCAGAUUACAAACACUACAAACUCUUAAUAAAUUCAACACUGACAGAAUGAGUGUUAAUGACCUCUGUACGGAUAAAAACAUAAACACAGUGACAUCUGAACAGCUUUAAGGGCCAAAAACCCCCAAAACUCAAAAAUGAUCGCAGAAAUUUUCAGUUCAAGUAAGGAAAGUAGAAAACACAUAAAGUCAGUUAAGUGUGUUUUUUUUUUUCGUUUUUGCCACUCUGCUGAUUUCACAGAUUUCUCUCCUCACAGCUGCCUGCUGAACCGUCCGGACAACGACAGGUGAAACCGCCAAGCCGUGGCAGACAGAGAUGAGAGCAGCCACCGUUAUUAGAGCAGUAGUUAUAGGCUGACAAGACAGAAAAAAAA